AUGCCAAUCACCGGAACAGUACUUCGUAGAUUCAUCACAAAGGGAGUUAUCCCAAUGUGCCAAGUCGCUCCACUUUCGACUUCGGCUGAAGGAUCUACCAACUUGAAGGAGGUCCUUUCCAAGAAAAUCCCAGCACACAACGCCAAAGUGAAGUCGUUCCGUGCUGAGCAUGGCAACACCGUUGUUCAAAGUGUCAACAUUGACAUGAUUUACGGAGGAAUGAGAAGCAUGAAGGGAAUGGUUACCGAAACCUCAGUUCUUGACCCAGAAGAAGGAAUCAGAUUCCGUGGAUACUCUAUCCCAGAGUGCCAAAAGCUUCUUCCAAAGGCAAAGGGAGGAGAAGAGCCACUUCCAGAAGCUAUUUGGUGGCUCCUCUGUACAGGAGACGUUCCAAGUGAGGCUCAGACCGCUGCUAUCACCAAGGAAUGGAACGCCCGCGCUGACCUUCCAACCCAUGUUGUGCGCAUGCUUGACAACUUCCCAGAUAAUCUCCAUCCUAUGGCCCAAUUCAUCGCCGCAAUUGCUGCUUUGAACAACGAGAGCAAAUUUGCCGGAGCUUAUGCUAGAGGAGUUGCCAAGGCUUCUUACUGGGAGUACGCUUAUGAGGACUCUAUGGAUCUCCUCGCUAAGUUGCCAACUGUUGCUGCUAUCAUCUAUCGCAACUUGUACCGUGAUGGAUCUGCUGUCAGCGUUAUUGACCCAAAGAAGGAUUGGUCCGCCAACUUCUCUUCUAUGCUCGGAUAUGACGAUCCACUUUUCGCUGAGCUCAUGAGACUUUAUCUUGUUAUCCACUCUGACCAUGAAGGAGGAAACGUAUCGGCUCACACAUCUCAUCUUGUGGGAUCUGCACUUUCCGAUCCAUACCUUGCCUUCUCCGCCGCUAUGGCUGGACUUGCUGGACCACUCCACGGAUUGGCUAACCAAGAGGUUCUUGUCUUCUUGAACAAGAUCGUUGGAGAAAUCGGAUUCAACUACACCGAGGAGCAACUUAAGGAAUGGGUGUGGAAGCAUUUGAAGAGCGGACAGGUUGUUCCAGGAUACGGUCAUGCUGUACUUAGAAAGACUGACCCAAGAUAUGAGUGUCAACGUGAAUUCGCCCUCAAGCACUUGCCAAAUGAUGAUCUUUUCAAGCUGGUCUCGACUCUUUACAAGAUUACUCCAGGAAUUCUCCUUGAGCAAGGAAAGGCAAAGAACCCAUGGCCAAAUGUUGACUCCCACUCUGGUGUUCUCCUUCAAUACUUCGGAAUGACUGAGAUGUCCUUCUACACUGUUCUUUUCGGAGUUUCCCGCGCUCUCGGAUGCCUUUCCCAAUUGAUCUGGGCCAGAGGAAUGGGACUUCCACUCGAACGUCCAAAGUCUCACUCCACCGAAGGACUUAUCAAGCUCGCUAUGGCCGCCAAGAAGUAA